UCUUUCAGGUGAAGGACCGGUUAAAUGUGAUGAAGGUUUAGAAUCGGAAUCGGGGUAUUAUCCCGGUUGUGCAUCAUCAUUUCCAAACGAAACAUUAAUUCCAGAGGUACAACCGUUCCUGAAGGAGAAUAUAACGUACGCAGAAAAAAACGUCUCCUAGUUUAAGAACGACAUUUAAAUGUAAAUUCGAAGAUGUUUCAAAUGGAGAAUAUGUGUAUGAUGUUUACUGGUAUAUAAACGACAACAGUGUAACAGUUCAUCAAAAUGUUCCUUUUAACAAAAUUGAUACUAACGAUCUUUUAGACAGCGAAUGGGCAGAUCAAUAUAAUAUGAAUAUGGAGGUCAAAUGUUCCAUAAAACUACGGUUUGUAGAAUAUUCAAUACCAGGGCCCUUCAUGACAAGCAGUGUGUUUGAUGCAGGAUUUUUUCCUGAUGCAUACGAGUACCAAGUAAAAGAGGGUGAAAUCCUUAACAUUGCAUUUACUUCAACAGUACCAGUUGGUUGUUUUAGCUCAGAGCAAAAUUUAUGUAGUCAAAGUAUCUACAUUUCAACACCAACUCAGCAACAAGGGUGCAGUAAUGGAAAUAACAUUCAGCAGAGAGAAAUCGUUUUUAAUAAAGAGAACUGCGGAAUGGAGUUACCCAGCCUGAAUUGGAAUAAAUCAUUGUAUCUAGAUAUCCAAGGAUAUAGCGAUGGGAUUUAUAAUCAUGCAGAUAGGACAACAUAUAUACGACUUUUUACGAAUCCAAAUGCCGGAAAUUCAACGUUAAAUAUGUCAAAUAUUUGGCGGAAUUUAACAGUUCCAGAAAUAACGGUGAAAGUUUUAGACAAAGAUAAUGUAUUGACCACCAGGCUUUGUUCUUCUUACAAUGAUCCACAUAUUACAACAUUUGAUGGACUUUAUUAUCAUUAUAUGAAUGUCGGAGAAUUUGUUAUGUACAGAAAUGAUAAUGGUCCUUAUUGGGUGCAUGCCUUAUUCACCAACUGUGGAUGGGGAUGGGUUGGAUCGUCAUGUAAUUGUGGAGUAGCUGUUCGAAGUCGGAGAUCACUAUUUGUGAUACGAACCUGUAGAGAAAUAUCUAGAACACAAUCUGACUUUUUUCCACAGCCACGAACAUACAAGAUAAAUUGCGAUGAGAAUGACAUGUUCAUAGAUCCCAAUGAUAAUGGAUAUAUUGUUACCUUGCCGUCUGGUGCAGAAAUACGAAUUGACGUUUCAUCGGGGUCCAAGUUCAUCAACCCAAUAACAAUCAAACCGACAAUAUACGAUAUAGGAGAAACAAAGGGGCUGUGUGGACAUUUAAGUGAAACAAAAGAUGCAACAGACGAUUUUAAACAACGAGAUGGCAGUCAUACUGAUGACACUUACACUUUUGGGGAUUCCUGGAAGAUUGAUCCGUCUGGUACGGAAUCACUGUUCAACAACUUCCCAUAUAUUCUUUCCCAAGAUACCGGAGAUAAAUUUUAG